AGCCCAAUAGCCUCGUCCUUCUGCUCUCAGACCUUCCCUCUCUCUUUCUCUUCCCCUUCCUGUUCCUCAUAUAUAAGCAACCAUCUCUAAAUUAGGGUUUUAUAAACCCUAACCGUAACAGUAACCCUAACCCCCUCCUACGCUCUACGGAGAGAAACAAUGAAGACGAUUUUGUCAUCGGAAACGAUGAACAUUCCCGACGGGGUGAGCAUCAAGGUCCACGCCAAAGUGAUCGAGGUGGAAGGUCCACGUGGCAAGCUUGUGCGCGAUUUCAAGCACCUCAACCUUGAUUUCCAGCUCAUCAAGGACGAGAAUGGAAACAAGAAGCUCAAGAUCGACGCCUGGUUUGGCUCACGGAAGACCUCCGCAGCCAUCAGAACCGCCCUCAGCCACGUCGAGAAUCUCAUCACCGGCGUCACCAAGGGCUAUCGUUACAAGAUGAGGUUCGUCUAUGCUCACUUUCCGAUCAAUGCUAGCAUCGCUAGUAACAACACCUCCAUCGAGAUCCGCAACUUCCUUGGCGAGAAGAAGGUGAGGAAAGUGGACAUGCUUGAGGGAGUUUCUGUUGUUCGAUCUGAAAAGGUCAAGGAUGAGUUGAUCGUGGAUGGUAAUGACAUUGAGCUUGUUUCGCGCUCUUGUGCCCUCAUUAACCAGAAAUGCCAUGUCAAAAACAAAGAUAUUCGGAAGUUCCUUGAUGGUAUCUAUGUUAGCGAGAAGGGGACAAUUCUUGAUGAGCAGUAAAUUGUGGGCAAAGAGGAAUUUUGAUAUUAUUUUUGCUUCUCAUUUUUCCAUAUUAUUUAGGACUUACCCUUUUUUGGUAGUUUACAGGGAUAUCCUUUUGGAUUAUCCUCUUAAAAUUUACUUUCUAUUUAGCUCACCAAUGGUCUAAUUUUUCACUUUUCAAAUUUUGGAUCCUCGUUCACCCUACCUGAUCUCAUUAUCUCAAAUUGACAAAUUCUCAAUGUCUCUGGCCUUCAGUCAGAUAAAUAAUGAUUUAGCUGGUUUGCAUACUAUAUAAACGAAGUCAAAGGGCCUCUCUCUAAAGUUCUCUAUUCUUUUUCGGAGAAAUGCAAGUGUUGGAUGAUGGCCCUUUAUAUAUUUAAGAGACGCGCACCAUGUGGCAACAGCCGAGUAGUGAUAACCCCUUUUGCUUUGUGGCA